AUGACGGACACCACUGACGAUAUAGCAGAGGAAAUCUCCUUCCAGAGCUAUGAUGAUGACUGUAGAUUGCUUGGCAAUCUUCUCAACGACGUUUUGCAGCGAGAAGUUGGCACCAUUUUCGUUGAGAAACUCGAAAAAAUUAGAGUCCUCGCACAGAGUGCUUGUAAUAUGAGACACUCAGGGAUUGAGGACAUGGCAGAGAUGCUAGAGAAGCAGUUGGCUUCAGAGUUAUCGAAGAUGACAUUAGAAGAAGCUCUGAUCCUUGCUCGAGCCUUCAGCCAUUAUCUUACUUUGACGGGUAUAGCUGAAACCCAUCAUAGGGUUCGUAAAGCAGGAAAUAUGGCACAUUUUGCAAAAUCUUGUGAUGACAUCUUUGGCCAGCUGGUGCAAGGUGGAGUUUCCCCAGAUGAGCUUUAUAAUGCAGUUUGCAAGCAGGUGGUUGAAAUUGUUCUUACAGCUCAUCCCACACAAAUUAAUCGCCGUACAUUGCAAUACAAACACAUUAAAAUUGCUCAUCUUUUGGAUUAUAAUGAUCGACCUGAUCUUGGCCCUGAAGAUCGAGAAAUGGUGAUUGAAGAUCUGGUGAGAGAGAUAACUUCAAUAUGGCAGACAGACGAGCUUAGGCGUGAGAAACCCACCCCAGUUGAUGAAGCUAGGGCUGGAUUGAAUAUUGUGGAGCAAUCACUCUGGAAAGCUGUUCCUCAUUAUUUACGUCGAGUCAGCAAUGCUUUAAAGAAGCAUACAGGAAAACCACUUCCAUUGACUUGCACUCCCAUAAAGUUUGGAUCUUGGAUGGGAGGUGAUAGAGAUGGAAAUCCAAAUGUGACAGCAAAGGUCACAAAAGAUGUUUCACUUCUGUCAAGAUGGAUGGCGAUUGACCUCUAUGUUCGGGAACUGGAAAGCUUGAGAUUUGAGUUAUCCAUGAAUCGGUGCAGUGAUAAGUUGUCUAGACUGGCACAUGAAAUUCUAGAAGAAGCUAACCAUGAGAAUGACCAUGAGCAUUGGAAUCAAUCUGCGAGCAGAAUUCAAUUGAAACAUCAUGAUCAACAAGCUUCAUCACUCCCAACUAAACUCCCAGCAAGAGCUCAUUUACCCUCAUGUGCUGGAAAAAGUGAAUCUGAGCAUCCCAGACUAGACAUCCCGGGACGUGAUCACAAGCAACUCAAUAAUUACAAGGAUGGUGAGAAUUCAAGUUCAGCUACAAGCAAUGGCAGUCACAAUGGGCGUUCAUCACUAACAAGUUCAGCAAAUUCCAGUGCUUCAUCAGUUGCAAUGUCACGCUCUCCUUCUUUCAACUCUAGUCAACUACUUGCUCAGAGGAAAUUGUUUGCAGAAUCCCAGAUAGGAAGGUCCAGUUUUCAGAAGCUUUUGGAGCCAAAGCUCCCUCAGCGUCCUGGAAUUGCUCCUUAUAGAGUUGUCCUCGGGAAUGUAAAAGAUAAGCUUCAGAGAACUCGUAGACGGUUGGAGCUUCUUCUUGAGGAUGGUCCAUGUGAACAUGAUCCUUGUGAUUACUAUGAAACAACUGAUCAGCUUUUGGAACCUCUGCUCCUCUGUUAUGAAUCUCUGCAAUCAUGUGGAUCUGGGGUGCUAGCUGAUGGUCGACUUGCUGAUCUGAUUCGAAGAGUUGUUACCUUUGGCCUGGUGUUAAUGAAGCUUGACUUGCGUCAGGAAUCAAUAAGACAUGCUGAAACACUUGAUGCAAUUACAAGUUAUUUGGAGAUGGGUACAUACAGUGAAUGGGAUGAAGAAAAGAAACUGGACUUCUUAACCAGAGAGCUAAAAGGGAAGAGGCCACUGGUUCCUCCAAGUAUAGAGGUUUCUCCAGAUGUUAAAGAAGUCUUGGAUACGUUCCGAGUUUCUGCUGAGCUAGGGAGUGAUUCGCUUGGAGCUUAUGUGAUCUCUAUGGCCUCAAAGGCAAGUGAUGUCCUUGCUGUAGAGCUUUUACAGAAGGAUGCACGGCUUGCUGUUAGCGGGGAGUUGGGAAGAGCAUGUCCUGGUGGAACGCUGCGGGUGGUUCCUCUAUUUGAAACUGUGAAGGACCUGAGAGGAGCUGGUUCAGUUAUCAGAAAACUUUUAUCAAUAGAUUGGUACCGCCAACACAUCAUUAAAAACCAUAAUGGGCAUCAAGAGGUUAUGGUUGGGUAUUCUGAUUCUGGUAAAGAUGCUGGGCGUUUUACUGCUGCUUGGGAACUUUACAAAGCUCAGGAGGAUGUUGUGGCUGCUUGCAAUGAGUAUGCUAUUAAGGUUACUCUGUUUCAUGGCCGUGGAGGGAGUAUUGGUCGUGGCGGUGGCCCAACUUAUCUUGCUAUUCAGUCUCAACCACCUGGAUCUGUGAUGGGAACCCUGCGGUCAACAGAGCAGGGAGAGAUGGUACAGGCAAAGUUUGGGUUGCCACAGACAGCUGUUAGACAGCUUGAAAUAUAUACAACAGCUGUGCUGCUUGCUACCCUUCGUCCACCUCUCCCACCUAGAGAAGAAAAAUGGCGUAAUCUCAUGGAAGAUAUUUCAAAAAUCAGUUGCCAGUGUUACCGCAGUGUAGUAUAUGAAAAUCCAGAAUUCCUAACCUACUUCCAUGAAGCCACACCUGAAGCAGAGCUUGGCUACCUUAACAUAGGUAGCCGCCCCACAAGAAGAAAGAGCUCAACAGGAAUUGGACAUCUUCGUGCCAUACCUUGGGUGUUUGCAUGGACCCAAACCAGAUUUGUUCUUCCAGCUUGGCUUGGAGUUGGAGCAGGUUUAAAAGGUGCUUGUGAGAAAGGACACGCUGAGGAUCUAAAAGCCAUGUACAAAGAGUGGCCUUUCUUUCAAAGUACAAUAGACCUUAUUGAGAUGGUUUUGGGAAAAGCAGAUAUUCCUAUUGCUAAGCACUAUGAUGAAGUUCUUGUGUCAGAGAAGAGACAAGAACUUGGUCGUCAACUAAGAAGUGAGCUCAUAACAACUGGAAAAUUCGUACUAGUGAUUAGUGGACAUGAGAAACUUCAGCAGAAUAAUAGAAGCUUAAGGAGGCUGAUUGAGAAUAGUCUUCCCUUUCUCAAUCCCAUGAACAUUUUGCAGGUGGAGAUACUUAAGAGGUUAAGAUGUGAUGAUGACAACCAUAAAGCCAGAGAUGCUUUGCUUAUCACCGUUAAUGGUAUUGCUGCUGGAAUGAGGAAUACAGGUUAA